CGGAGCUGCAACAAUUGCGGCAUUUGCGUAUAUUGGCUUUCUGUCUGGUUUUUUUUUUUCCAACCUUGCUCUUUAUUUCUCGUCGUCUUUCUUCAAUUCCAGGGUUUCCUCUUAGACAGACUCUCUCUUCUUUCUCUUUCCUCCCCGUCUGGGUUGAAGGAAGCUGUGCCUUGUGCGAAGCUCUCCCUCCUUGCGUUUUGCUCUCAGUUCUUGUCCUGAUGAUUGUUCCCUUCAAGAAAUGCUCUUUUCUCUCCGCCUCACCUCUUGCUGUGCAAUUUAAAUGCAGUUUACAGAAGGCUCUGACAUCAUCCGGAAAACUGCCUCGGAACUAAAAGGGGAAAAAUAAAAGGAAGAGGAAGAAAAAAAAAGGAAUAUUUUUUUAAAAUUGCAUUUUUUAAAAAUUUUCCAAUCAUCUGCCCACCCCCGACUCUGGUGUGGACGUAGCGGGUUGGAUCGUUGAAGCAGUUGCCGCGGACUGUUCCUCAGUAUUAUUUUUUUUACAGCUCUAAUUUCUUGGAAAUCGAUCAACCGGGGAUGCUGGAACAAGUGAAAAGAAUAAAACCUACGCAGGUUAAUCUGUGAAUUUACAACUUCUCUCUCGCCGUGGUUUUAUGAACCGCGGGUAAGUUGACUUCCUUCAUUCACUUUUGAGAGGCUGCGUGGAAGGAAUUAGUAAGUUUUGGAAGUGGUUCCUUGAAAAUUGGGGUUUCCCUCACUAUCUCCGUGAUACUGCUGGCUUUUAAUUUUUUAGGGAUGGGACUAAAAAGGGCAGAGAAUAAUACCUUUCUCAAAAAUGAGUGGAUUUACUGUUUGUUCUGUGAGCUCUGAAGAGAUAUAGUGGGUUUUGGAUUUUUUUUAUUAUUCCUUUAAAAAAAAAAGGCUUUUCAAAAUGUGGCAAUAAUUUUGACACCUGUUUUUAAUAGAAAGAACAUAUACAUCUAAAAGGACAGUUUGGUUUCCCCCCCCCUCCCACCCGAUUCUGGAAUAACUUCUUAUAGACAUGGCAAAAAAUUCUGUGGAGGGGUCAAAGGAAGACUUGACCAAAAUGACAGAAGAGGACUUGUUGCGCUGGAGCAAAGAAGAGCUGGUGAAGAGGCUGAAGAAAGUGGAGAACGAGAAGAUGAACUUGAUGGUGGAGCACAGCAACUUGAUGAAGGAUGUGAACCGCAGGCUCCAGGUUCACCUACAUGAGAUCAGGGGCUUGAAGGAAGUUAAUCAGAAGCUGCAAGAUGAUAACCAUGAACUUAGGGAGCUCUGCUGUUUCUUGGACGAUGACCGGCAGAAAGGGAAAAAGCUGUCUAGAGAAUGGCAGAGGUUCGGGAGACACACGGCCGGCGUGAUGUGGAAGGACGUGGGGAUGUACCAGCAGAAGCUGAAAGAGUUGGAGGCCAAGCAGGAGUGCCUCAUGCGGGAGAACGUGGAGCUCAAGGAGAUAGUCCUCAUGUUGGAUGAAGAGAGGAAUGGAGCAGGCUCCCGAAGCUCUAUAGACAGCCAGGCCAGCCUCACCAACUUAAAUGGGGGUUCUGGCACUAGGGAUGUUGGGGAUGGAAGUAGUACCUCCAGCACUGGCAGCGCAGGAAGUCCGGAUCAUCACCAUCAUCCCCUUCACCAUCACAAACCAGUUGAGAAUAAGGCUGGGGCUAUCCGGCGAUCAAUGGAUGACCUCUCGGCACCACUUCACCACAGGAGCAUUCCCAACGGUCUCAAUGAUUCAUCAUCCAACUACAUCAGACAACUUGAAACAAAAGUCAAAUUGCUAGAAGAUGAUAACAAACUUCUUUCCCAGCAAUCAAGCACUGGUGAUUUGAGGACUCUGCGGAAAGGGUUAUCUCCAUACCACUCUGAGUCCCAGCUGUCAUCACUGCCGCAGUAUCAAGAUGCUAUGCAAAAUGGCCCUGUUCGUAUGACUCCUGAUCUGAAUGCUUCUCCUGCAGUGGGAUAUGUUCCCAUAAGCCAGAAACCCGAAGCCGUGGUGCACGCUAUGAAGGUCCUUGAAGUCCAUGAGAAUUUGGACAGGCAAAUAAAAGAAAACUAUGAAGAAGACCUGAGUGAAAAGGAGAAAGCGAUUGUUCGUGAAAUGUGCAAUGUUGUCUGGCGGAAGCUAGGUGAUGCCGCUAGUUCCAAACCAUCGAUCCGGCAACAUCUGUCAGGAAACCAGUUCAAGGGCCCGUUGUAAGAAACUUCCCGCUGCCCCAGGAUUGGGGGUGAAGACAGUGAGAGGAACAGAGACUUGUCUGCUUUGAGCUUGCCAGGGUUAUCUGUUUCCCCCACCCCCUUCCCCAUCACUGUUUAUAGUGUAAAUAAGGCAGCUGAAGGCCUCGCUGAAAGGCUGUGCCGAUCCAGAACAACAUAUUAUGGGUUACUAACUAUCUUCCAAUGACCAACCUGUCAUUUGUAUUGUGGUGAAAAACCUGCUUUGUUGUCUGGUCAUAUGUAGAAAUACCUGAAAAA